GCUGCGGCCGCAAUCGCGGCCACACUCAGAAGCCAAAAAAUGCCCCGGAAAACUCGCACCCGCAAAGCGACAAUGGCGCCGGAAAGUAUUCCGGAAGAAGAUCCAGCAGAGAACAGGACGAAGAAGGUCCAGAACACCGACAAGACCCAAAUUUUGCCGGAAUCUGCACCGGGAUCUCACUCUUCAGUCCGGACUAUACAAAACAACAAGCUCCAGAGUACGGAGAAGACGAUUGUUCGCGGGGCCGUCAGCUGUAAUUACGAAUUCGAUUACGUCCCUGGGAGCUCUUAUUUCAACGGCAGAAUUGUAUAUGGGAAUGGUACCGCCAAAGAUGUGUCUGCCGUUCCUGUUGAACAAGCAAAUGGCAAUAUAAUUUUUGAUGCAUGCACUAGAAAUAAUCUCAAUGGUGAAGGACUUCUUUUACCUCAUCACUACAUUUACUGUCGGGAAAUUUCAAAAUACGUUAUCUGCUAUGACCGGUUCUCCUGCUCUUUAGAAGAAUGGCUAUUAGGAUGGAUUGAUCAUGUGAAAGAUCAAAAUGGCUUGCCUCACCAAGUGAUUAGGAAGCAAAUUAGCAAGAUGUUGAAAUCUGUGAAUAACAUUCACAAGAAGAGACUGUGGCACUCAGCACUCUCUGAUAUCUCAAAUUAUGUUGUUAUCGACGGAGAUUGGUAUAUUAUCAAUAUCAAGGGCACUAUAGAUAAAGAAAAUAGGGACUUGUGUGUCUUUCGUGAUUUUCGUGAUUUUCGUGACAUGCUUGAAAAGAAUGUUUUGUUAGACAAAUUAUGGCUAGAAAGGAAUGGCUUCUUUCAAUUAUUUGAUCUGAGCUAUCGUGGCCAACUUGUUGAAAAACUAUUGAAUAAUGUUUUCACAAAAUCUCCACAAGAACGACUACUAAUGUUUUCAACAAUUUAUCACGGGUGGAUGGAUCGCAGUCACAAUCAUAGUAUGUUAUCUGAUGCCAUUAGUAAUGGAAAGUUUAACCAGUAUACAGAUGGGGGAUGGAACAAUGUCACAAUGAGCAGGGCUUUGCUUGGAGUUUACAACUAUGAAAACAAUCAGAAGAGAUACGAUGGAAAAAGGAUAUGGAGCUUAAUAAAAUUUUUGCGCAAUGUUUAUGAACACUACCAUGAUGGUGAUGUACAGCUGAUUGAGGGAGAGGUGAGACAAUUAUGGGCAGGACUUUUGGAAAAACUGUAUCUUUACUAUUGAGAGUGCAGCCAGCAAGAGGGAGAUCAAUUGCAGUGAUAACUUAGGGAAAGACAAACUUCGAGAAGAUUGGGAAGUUUGACGCCAUUUUGAUCUCCACACGGGUUUUUUUUUAGAAUACCCUGUAGGCAAUGAAAUUGUUAAUUGACAUUUGCUGGUACACGUGUGAAGUAAGAAAGCAUGUAAUAUAGGUUAUUUUUGA